GUAUUUGGCAAAGUGGCUUCUGAUUGGCCUGGGAGAGCCCCGAACUCGCUGGAGUCGAUAUUCAUUCAGCUUGCUCAAGUGCUUGCUAAACUACAUCCAAACACUGGCGGGCCCGGGCUGCCUGCGCCGAGGUUGGCGGUGUGUAACCUGCCUAACGAGAUUAGCGGGGACGGGGCUCUCUCCUCUGCAGAGACGCCGCCGCCAGCACCGGUGGGGAACGCUGCGGCGGCCGGGUUUGCCAAGGUUUGUCUGAAGAAGGAUUAUAAACUUUUCAUGGGCAACUCUGCACGGUGCAUUCAGUGAGAUGGCAUCGGACAGCGAGGUAAAAACUCUGCUGAACUUCGUUAACCUGGCUUCCAGCGACAUCAAAGCGGCUCUGGAUAAAUCAGCUCCUUGUCGCCGGUCAGUUGACCACAGAAAAUAUUUGCAGAAGCAGCUGAAGCGGUUUUCUCAGAAGUACUCGCGGCUCCCGCGGUGCCAGCCCAGCAAACCCCCCGAGUGCGGCUGGCGCAGGGGGGCAGAGGAGCGGGCCCGCGGCCCCCAGCCCGAGGCACCUGACCCCGGCGCCCUCGGCGGGGCUGCCGCCGAGAAGGUGAUGCGGACAGCCGAGGCAGACGAGAGCCUCAGCGGGGAAGGGGUUUUGCAGGAGCAGAAACCCGAGGCUGCCCGACCGGACCAGGUGCCCAUGAGGAAGCGACAACUCCCCGCGUCCUUCUGGGAAGAGCCACGGCCGGGCCAGAGCCUGACGGCCAGAGCCUUUCCUGCCAGCGCCGAGGGGCUCCAAGCCCCCAGAGACCCUCCUCCCUACGAGGGGAAGAAAAGCAAAAGGAGCGCAGACGCCGGGGCCCCGGAGAGCCCCCCGGACACUGCGCCGCUCGCCGGGGAGAAGGAGCCCUCCGGGGCCCUGUCGGGCCGAGUGGGUGCUUGGACCUGCUGCCCCUUCCCCUGCCCCGGGCCCGGCGUGUACCAGCCCCCGGGCGCGCUGCCCCCGUCGCCCUUCCCGGGGCUGGGGCUGUGGAGGAAGGGUGCGGCCACGCUGCCCGCGGAGCUGCCGCACUUCUGCAAGGAGGCCGAUGGCCCGGGGCAGAAACUCUACAGGCCCAUGGUUCUGAAACCCAUCCCCACCAAGCCCGCCAUCCCCCCGCCCAUCUUCAAUGUUUUUGGCUAUCUUUAGCGGGGCGGGUGUCGGGGUCACGCCGAACACGACAGCUCCUGAGGGUCACCCUUCGGGCGUGAGCGGCAGGCGCGGGGGGCCGGCGGUCACACCUCUGCCCGUGGGCGGGCUGCAGGGAAUCAGGAACUGCUGGGCAGGUGCUGGGGCUGCGCUCUCCUCUCCGUGCCCGGCGGUAACUCGGGAAUAAACCUUGCGAAGGCGGUGGCGUGCAGCAUGAGGCACACCAGGUCUCUCAUCGAUGGGCAUUGUCUGAGCCGCGGCGAGCGGCGCUGCGGGCCAUUCCGAGCCGCACUUGUAACACCUAGGAGACCUCCUCCACGUGGGAACAUCUUUCUGGGGCUGCCCUGCGGCGGCAGCAGUGAAAUGGAAUGAAUUAAAUGCAUUCAAAGAGUUCUUGUACUUUAAAGUAAUUCCAGAGAAGUCAAGAUAUUCAGGUCAUUUCGUUUUGCAUGCAAGAGACUGGAAGGAUGGUAUUUGAUAUAGAAACCACUUGUGAUUGAUUUAAGCUCUUGUUGUAUGUAAAUACUGAGAGAAUUAAAAGAAAAAAAAAUAAGGGAAGAAAGGUAAUUUUAUUUUGGUGAUUCUGGAAAUGCAAUCUGUUUAGUUUUGCCCCACUGGGUGGACACGGGUUUGAUUUGCAACUGGUGGGGAGAUAUGAGGGCUGAAAUCUCUGCCUAUUCAGAUGGAUAUAAAUCAGAAGUAAUCCUUAUGGGGCUAGGAUAUUAGCUAGUGCCAAGCUGGUGCAAAUGGAAGAGGGAUGAAUUUCCACGUCAGGAAUUGUCCUGCAUCAAGAGAAUAAAUGAGGAAUUGUAUCAGUUUAAUACAAAACCAUUAGGUAUGAUGGAAGAAAAAAAGGAAAGAAUAGACUGCCUUUAUUUCUGGUUGAGAAACAUAUUUUAUUUUGCCUGAUUUUAAGGCGUUAUCACAAGACCUAGCUGUAAAUGUUUUGCCUAGUAUUUCCCUAUUUUUUUUUUAACAAAUUGGCAUUGGAGAAUUUAUUAGGAAGUGCUUUUAAGUUAGGUUUCUCUAAACCCGUGGAGAAGGUGGUACUAAGACACAGAACAUGAGAUAUGAGAUGUUUAAUACUGCAGGCUUAUGUAUCUAUCCGGUUAUACUGGAGUCAAGAGAAAUACAUUUUGGGAGAAAAAAGGGCCAAAGAGUGGACACCUGUGACUUCCUAGGGCCUGAACCUGCUGUUGCUGAAGCUACUGGGAACUUCUCCCAGGACUCAAUAAGAAGUGGCCUUGAUUGGUUUGGCCUCUGACUAGCAUGGCUCUCUAUGACUCCUGGUAUCUCUACAAGGAGUAAAACCAGAAAACACUUCGAGUGCAUUGCAGUAAUUAAAAAAACUAUCAUCUGCAGCAAUUGUAGAGUAUAAUUUUGUGUUGUCUGGUGGCUUUAGUAUUAUAUAAUCAGGUUGCAGCUUUUAUUAGGAUAUGACCUACCACUGGGAUUAGCUCAGUUGGUUAGAGCCUGGUGCUAAUAAUGCCAAAGUUGUGGAUUUGAUCCCUGUAUGGGCCAUUCACUUAAGUGUUAGAUUUGAUGAUCCUUGUGGGUCCCUUCCAACUUAAAAUAUUCUGUGAUUCUACUCCCAGGCUAAAAGUGCUUUACUCUUUCCCCAAACCUCACAUAUCCCACCAAUGUUCGCUUUUAUGGAAACAAUGUCUGGAAUGUGUUUGUAGUACAGACGAACAGUAGAAACAGAGAUGGCUUUCAUUGCUUUCUCCCUGCUGGCACUUGAUAUGUAUUAAGCCAGUAUAGACUAUUCCUGUAGGAGAGAGUGCAGGAAAUGUCUUUGCUACCACAAAGCUACAUGCAAGGCAUGAGGUGCUAAAGAGCUAAUCUAGAGGUUAAAGGCAUCAGGUUAGCUCUUGAUCCAGAAGUGAAAAUAGGAACAUACUUAGAUGCCUUUCACUUUUUUUGAAAAAAAUCCAUGAGGAAACUCUGUCCCUCUCCAGAAGGAAAGUAACAGAAAUCAGAGACAUUGAAGUUAAAGGCAGGAGAACAAGGGCUUUUAAUUUACAGACCUGUAGGCAGAGAAUAUUUUUACAUGAAAAUGGGGGGCUUUCUCACAUCAAUUGCUCUAUGUCAUGUAAUCCAGAUGCAGGCAGAUGCUGAACUCAGUAUCAGUACUAUCAAUGCAGAGCAUUGGUAUUGGUCUGGAUUUCCAUCUGGGUGGCCAGACCAGGUCAUGGAAUGAACUAUUGGUAUUGCAGUAGUUGCUGUGUUCAAGUGUUCCUCCUUGAGUUCAUUAGAGAAAUUUCAAAGUGCUGUGGAUCACACCAGAAUCAGGAUUUCUAUAAAAAUUAAAAUACUUGGCAAAGUGGAUUGCCGCUGUAUAAAUUUAAUUUCUGAAGAAAUCCAGAGAAAAAAGAUAGUUGAAACCAAGUUUCUAUCUUUUGAGUAUGAAAUUCCUAGUUUUCUUUUUUCCCCUUCUUUUAAUCUCUUUUUAAAAAAUAUUUGAAUGUAUAUUGCUGCACAUUUUCCAUGUAGUAGAAUAAUGUGUUUUAAAGUUAUGAUGAAGGAUUGAAACAGACCAUUCUAAAUGACCUCUGACUCAAAUAUUUAUGCUCCUACACUCAGAUUUAAACUAAUGUUACUUUUUCAAAAUCCUUUGUGACAUGGAAGCUCCCCCCCACCCCAGCCCAAGGCAGGCAGUGGCCCUUGCUGGGGCUUUGAACUGGAGCAGCAGUGAAGUAAAACACAAAUGAACAGAAGACAAUUGUUAAGUAUAUUCAAAAUCCCUGAAUGGGGAUGUGUGAGACUUUCCAAAAGGUUUGCAAAUAAUAGCAACUCUACCUCCUCUCUAGCAAUACUUAUUGUUCUCUCAUCCCUGAGGUUAACAACAGAAUUAUUAAUUGUUCAAGCUUGGAUAGAUUCAGAAUUUUCCUGGAUAUUUUUGUGUUUGGUUGGUCGAUGGUUGUUGCUGCUAUUCAGGACAGCUGAUAGUCCUUAAGAAUCUACUGGUUUAUUCAUACUUUGUUUGAAAGAUGCAAACAUAACAUUUGAGAGCUGCUAUUUACUAGAACAGUGCAGAGCUAAUUUUUUAAAAACACAAUAGUUUUUAUAAAUAAUGGGAAGGGGGAGGUAAAUGAAAAAAACUUUCAUAAAAAUUGAAAUAAAAAAAAUCAAAAAAGUGCACAAGAACAUCAAGUGAAUUGCACAUGUUGCAGUAAAAAAAAGUACAGUAACCUGGUAAUGAAAUAUUCCUAGAACAUUUCACAUGAAGUCCUUGACUCUGGAGAAACAAACCACUUUACCUUGCACUAGAAUUACUGAUCUGCUUACAAAGCCUGGCUUGCCUGGGUUAUUAUUCUUUUCACAGCAACUUGUAGAUUGUUGCAUUAAAGGCACAUUGAAUUUGUGCAGAUUCAGUAUUGUGCACAAAAUAGUAUGUCAGUGACUGGAGUGGAGAGGUAGUGGGCUCCAUUUCAGUGCAAAUAAAUGUAAACUGAGUGUGUGAAGGUUUACUUUAAAGAUCAAGCAGAAAAGACUUAAUAGCAUUGUAAUUACCAGACUCCCCCUCCAGCAGAUAGACUCUCCUCACCUCAGUUUCUGAGCACAGCAUGCACUUAUCCUUCCCACAGCUGUGUUAUGUUCCCAUCAGACCAGUGAUACCUGGCUCUGCCCAGGACAGAUCCUUGACAGCAACCAGGACAUGGUGCUCCCAGUAGAAAUGAAGGUGUCUUGGUUGAAAGAAGAAAUGUGCUUUCCAUAUUUAUCCCAUUCAAACCCAGUUUCAGCUUCUUCUAGGACAUAAAAAGAAAUUGCUACUUGCUAGACUUUUGUGGACACAAAAAUGUUGGCUUAGGGGAAAUUCCCAGUUUGGGAUACUUAUGAAAUCCCACUUCUGGAGUUAUACAUGUACUUGGUGAUUGUGAACCCUUGUCCCUGCCAGGGUCUCCAGGGCUGUCACCACACACCAAACUCUGAAGUGGUCUCCAUCAAGCUCUGUCUGUAUCCACCAUCCCCUACAACUCUGCCUUGUUACACUUACUUGAAUUCAAGGACUUUUGAUUUAUAUCAAUCAAUAUAAGACCCAGGCCUUUGUUGUUCAGCCCCAGAAAGUGAGAGAUGCAUGAAUUCCACAGUGAUUUUCUGUCUCUCCAGGUACUGCUUAUCAGUACAGGGCCUUCACUGGCAGAACUGAUAUAGAGAUUUCUUGUUCCCCAUCCUUUUCUAUUCACACAACAUUUUUCUAACCUGAAUCGAUUCCCUGUUCACACUGCAGGAGACAAGUGAAUAGAUCCUAAACUGGUAGUAAAGGAAGUUAUUGGAUGAAACUUCACCAGUGGAGGAAUCUCACCUGAGUUUCCAAAGCUUUACAAGAUCAGUGUUCAGUGUGAAUUGAAACUGUUGGUUUUUCAAUUUUUGCCUUUAUAAAGGGGACAGCAAUGGACAGAGUAAGCAAUCCUGUAACCAAUCCUUUUUCUGCUCACAUCCUGUCCACAAGUGAUGAACACAUUUCACACAAAGCCAUCACAGUCUGUGUGCCCAGACAGAUUGUAUUACUUGUAUUUGUGCAACACACUUUAGUCAUGUGUUAAGGUAUAAAACUCCACACAAAUAAAACUCAGUGCAAUGUAUUUUCCCUACUUAGAUUUCUAUCAUAUUCCAUGGAUGCUACGCAGACCAACAAACAAAACCAGAUCUGUAAGGUCUCUGGUGAGGGAUCCAAGCAGACCAUGCUGCACAGCUCCUCUGUCACCUAAGGUAAGGAGUGUGCUUCUAGCACAAGAUCUUCAACGAUGUAGCUCCAAAUUUAGUUUUUUCCGUUCUUUCUCAGGUGCCUAGUGAGGAAUAAAGCACUCAUCAAAGCAGUUCAGAAAGUCACACCUGUGAACUGAUCUGUAGUCACUGGCAAUAUCUGUUCAUGGUCUCCUUGGCCUCCCCAGCUGUGAGGGAAUGUGACUUGUUAAAAACUUCAAUAAAAGAAUUUCACGGACAAUUAUAGUGGUUCAGCAGAUAGAUGGUGACUUGUUAAGCUGCCAUAAAUCAGUUGAGGAUCUGAGCUGUAAAUAGGUGACCUAAUUUUCAAAGAAGUUGAGAUAAUAGCUUUCAUCAGUGUCAAAGGAAGCUAAUAGAUACUUCAAACUUCCAAAGACAGAAAAUUCAGGGCUAAAUUCUGGGAUAUUUUUUCUGCCUCAGUAACAUCUGAUACUGAAUAUGAUUCCCCAGGUUUAUGUGGAACACCACCUGGUGCAAGCAAUUCAGCAUUGUUUAGGCACCUGAAUAAGGAUUUGGAAACCUAAUUCUGGGUAUUCAUUUCCAUAAAAUUUGCAGUUUGAAUUCAGUAAUUUUGAAAUAAUUUCUCUUACUUUCAAUCAUGGUAUUGUUAGAACCACAGAGGUCCAAGGAAGUCAGGGAGGCUGGGUUUUGUAGAGAAUAAGAUCAUUUGGGAGAGGAAGAGAAUAAGUUGGUUCAGCAGUGUUGCCUCUCUCCUUCACAUCACUCUCAGUUCCUGCUCCUCUAGGGCUUUGUCCUGUUCUGACACCAGCUUCAUGAAAGCAUAAACCUACUGUUUACAGUGCAGCUACUUCUAAUUUACACCAAAAAAAAAAAAAAACCCAAAAAACAAAACAA